UCAUCGGGAAGCAAGACGUGGCUGCCAGGAAAGGCUUGGUUUAAAUGACUGAAGUAAUGGGUCAAAAGUAUCUGUGGGUUCGCCCCAUCCACCCCGACCACCCAUUCAAUCACCUUGACUUACACAGCUAUAUCUUCCUGAAUUCGAGGCCAAAUCCUUUCGGAAGCGGGCUGCGCGCCUGCCCGGGCGGGUUUUUCGCGCAGGAGGACAUGAACCUGAUGUUCAUCCAGCUCUAACCAGCAUUAUGCCCAAUAUUGGCAUGUCGCUGUUAUUGAAGGAGAAGCGGUGGGGAGGUGGGAAACAGGGCGGUUCAGCAAAGCCUCGUUGGAUUACACCAGGAAAUUAUACAAACAUCGAAGUUGAGAAGUGGAAACUGGAAAGUGCUCGUGAUGUUAGCCCGGGUGCCGCUUAUAACAGUCACCUGUCUGCUUCCCUAAACAUAGGAAUAGCCAGCCUGUCUGCGGAGAAUA